GCACAGUCUAUUUCUGGGUAUUAAACAUGUCGUUAUCCAGGUUUUUGAUGGAUUUGCCGAAAUGUCAGAAACUGGUCAAACAGGUUUUGCACUACUUGAAUAGAUAUCUAUUUUUAGCAAACGUCAACACCGGGAACGGUUGACUUCGCUGUUCCAUGCUGAACUGUAAACCUCUUUCGUUGUGAUAUAAUUUGGACUUUCGUUAUAAUAUUUGAUUCAUUUAUACACUAUCAAGAUGGCGACGGGAAGCAAAGCAGCACGGGUUGUUUUCCUUAUAUGCGACUUCAUUUUCAUGCUAAUGGGGGUCGGAAUAUUUAUAGCAGGGAUCUACCUGAAGGUUUCCCGGUCCGACUUCACUGAAGUGCUGGACAGUAGAGAGUUUAACUUUGCUACAGCACUGAUGGUGUCGGCCGGAAUCAUUGUUGUUGUGGUAGCCAUUAUCGGAUUGAUUGGCGAGCGACUCCAGAAUCAAUGUGUGCUUGGAGUGUACCUGAUUUGUGUAAUACUGAUCUUCUGUAUGGAACUCGCAGCAGGAAUAACUGGAGCUAUCUACAGGAAUAAGAUAGAAGCUGCUUUGAAGGGUGACAUGUUGACAGGACUCCAGAAUUCAGACAAACGUAAUGCUUGGGACAGAGUCCAGGAAACGUACGAAUGCUGUGGUGUACACAACGCUACUGACUGGAAUAACGUAUUUGACCCCAGAAAUCCAACCUGGAUUCCAGAUUCAUGCUGUGGGUUUGAAAAUUGUGGUACAACAGGGAAUCAGGUGGCUUGGACUAUUGGCUGUUUUGACGAUGCUAAGGAGUGGCUGGAGAUGAACUACUUGACCAUUGUCCUUGUGGCUAUAAUUGAAGCCGUUCUUCAGGUGAUACUCAUUAUUAUGCCGAUUGUGCUGAUAUACUUUAUAAGACGGGAGAAAAAGUAUCGAUACAUGUGAUGAACCGCGACAGACCUGUCACCAUGGUUACCCAAUAUCGAGACUGAAUGACUGGCUGUGUGUGGUCACGUGUGUAUGGCCGAUGUUGGAUCCUAAUUGGAAAGCUGAGGAAAAACUGCAUUUAAAUUAGGAUCUGGAGAAGAUGGCAGGAGUUUGUAUCAAAGUAUUGAACAAUACUGUAAAGAAAUUGUUAGCACACAACUCUUGCCAUUUUCAAUUCCUCACUAUCUUACAAUGUCUCUAGAUUGUUGGUCAUGAAAACAACACACAUUCAUUUUGUAGAAUUGUUUUUGUGACCAAUAAAGAUAUGGGCAGAUGACCAACAAACAACUUAAAGACAUUGUUUUAAGAUGUACAAUGCUUUAUUUUGGAUAAAAAUGAUCCUGUGAUGUGGUAUAAAAAUGUCCCAUACUUGUGUGAUGAAGUGAAGGUUAUUGCUAAUUAUUCUCGUUCAUGUAUUACAAAAUGAAGCUCUAGUUCUGGCGUGACAUUUACAUGUAAUAAUAAUUUAGCAUAACAGCACAGGCCCCUGUGUCAUGAUAGUUGAUGUUUAGAAAAAUAUAAUUCCACGAUACUAUCAUGUUUUUUCUAAAUAUUUACUCACUAGACACAGACCCCUGUGUCAUGAAAGCUAAUAAUUAGAAAAAUAAUUUUUUUUUAAUAUUAUCCCACCAUACUUAAGUGUUUUUCUAAAUAUUUACCAACCAGACACAGGCUCCUGUGUUUACAGUGAUUGUGAACUUGGAUUAAAUCCAAUAGAUAUAUGUGAAUCUCCUAUGUGAUCAUGUCAGUUCCAUCAUGUACACAACUACAUGUGAAAAACAAUAUUUUUCCCAUUGUGUGGUUGAAAACAACUACAUACAAAUGCUUAUGUUAUAUAUGGUAAGAUUUUCCUCAACUGUCAUUGGCUACAACAUGUUCAUGUGGAGGUUAAUAUUUUGAGAUAUUUACCUGAUGUUUCUAUUUUUAGAAACAAUCGAGUCAAUAUUGCAUGCCAUCAUAAUCAUUGUGAUAUCACAAAGUCUAAAUGUAGAUUUCCUGUUAUCAAGAUGAAUAUAACACAAUUUUACCAUUUUGCUGAGAAGUUUCAUAUCUAAUAUCACCCUCAGUUAAUAUUUGAUUCCACCAGGUUAAUAUAACACCAUACUGACCUCAGGAAAGGUCAAUAAUUGAUAAAUAUAUAGAGAUAUAUAUACAAUCAGUAGGCACCAAUGAAGUGAUGUGAAAGUGGGAGAGUUAUUUCAUGGACAGAUUUGUUGAGAGAGAUUUAUGUAGACUUAAUUUGAAUCAUUUUACCACUGCUAAACAAUGGAACACAUUUUAAGUCCAUAAGUCAAGCAUCACAUAUAUUAUGUUGUAUUAUAUAGAUAUGUCUCACUCUUUCAAAUACUCUUGAGGGAUUCUGUAACAUAGUUUAACAGUUAUAUGCAUUUUACAAGUAGAUUGUUGUUUCCCCAUAACAUGUCACUUUUUGAUGAAUUAGUGCUUUUGAGGUGAUGCAAAGACUUAGACACAAUAUAAGGUUACAUGCUUAUUCUGGUGUAUUCAAAGUUAAGUACAUAUCAAAAUAAUAACCAGUGUAGCUAAAUAAUGAAUAGGUGCAACCACACGGAUUUUUUUUGAAAACACCGUAUGGAAAUAGCAUUUAGCAAAAUCACUGCUUAGUAGAAUGACGCAUUGUGGGAAGAUCGAAAAUGAAAUUACCGAUAAAGUAAGUACAAUUACAGUACCAGGUAAUCAGUUAUACACCACAGAAGUGAUGGAAAUGGAUCAAUUAUUUUAGAAAGGCAUGCUAUUAUUUCUUUUGAGUAUAAUUAAUAAAAUAUAUGUAAAUGUUUUAUACAUAUAUGUAUCCAUAUUUUGUAUAUUUUGCAAAAAAAUAAAUUUAUGUAUUUACUUUUA